AAUAGAUUUAUAACUAAAUGUAGGUACUAUUUAUCAUUUUGAAUAUUAUGGAUUAUGGAUGAUACCUUGCUAUAAAGAAACUGAAGUUUAUUAAUUUUUUACAUUUUUCUGGAUAUCCAAAAUAUUUUCAAUACAUGCAAGUUGAGGUGUUUUAAGAUGACAGCACUGAAUGAAGUUCCAAUCAAAGUGAUAGCAAGAGUCCGUCCAUAUAUUGAAAAUGAGAUUCAGUUUAGUCAGCAUCCAUGUUUAUGUUGCAUUCCAAAUGAACCACAGCUUAUUGUUGGAAAAGACAAACAUUUUACAUUCGAUAAAGUUUUUGAUAAAAGUGCAACUCAGACAGAACUUUAUGAGCAGUCUGUUUAUGACAUGAUUGAAUGGUUUUUUCAAGGGUACAAUGCUACAGUUUUUGCAUAUGGUCACACUGGAUCUGGCAAAACAUAUACAAUGGGUUUAGGAGCAUGUUCAUAUUACGACGAGGAAGAAUGUGGUAUCAUUCCAAGAGCUGUUAAAGAUAUUUUUAAAAAUAUUCAGAGAAAAGAGAAUGAAAUGGUUUACAAAGUAAAUGUCUCAUUCAUAGAAAUUUACAAAGAAGAUACAAUAGAUUUGAUUAGUAACUCUUCAAAAAAUAUUUUUAUUGGAGAAGACGAAUUUGGAAACACAGUUUUGUUUGGUGCAUGCAAAGAGCCCGUUUAUAAUGCAGAAGAUGUUCUAAAUUUACUAGAUGCUGGUACUGCAAUGCGGCAUGUUAGUGCUACGAGUAUAAAUGGAUUGUCAAGCCGUUCUCAUUGUAUAUUUUCACUCAUAUUAGAACAAUAUCCUGUAUCAAAUGAUAAUCUUGAAAAAGGUGCCAUUCUUUUUUCUCAGUUUUACUUUGUGGAUCUAGCUGGUUCUGAACGUGUCCAUUGUACUGGUAACCAUGGUGAAUGUUUUAAUGAAUCUGUUUUCAUAAAUUCUGGAUUACUUGCACUUGGUAAUGUUAUUUGUGCACUUUCUGACAACAAAAAGAAGUAUAUUCCUUACAGAGAAAGUAAAUUGACUUGUCUCUUAAAAGAUUCUCUUGGAGGAAACAGUCGAACUUUAAUGAUUACAUGUUUAAGUCCGGCUUUAAGUGAUCUUGAUGAAGAUAUAAAUUCUUUAAAAUAUGCAACUCGGGCCAAGCUUAUAAGGAACAAACCUGUAUUAAACUGGCUAAAACAUUCUCAAACAAACAUUCAAAAUCAGUUACCUCAAAGUGAAAAUAAAGAAACAAGUAGCGAAAAUAAGAACGAUUUGAAGUUUUCAAACAAUGUUUUACAAGACCAUAAAUGUUUUAUUCAAAGUUUUAAUGAAAUCAGUACUAUUUUGUGUGCUGUUAAAUUAUGCAAUAUUCCGUAUGAUCUUAAAGAGAAAAUUAAUGUGUGGCUUAGUCAGUGGGACAAAGGUUCUAAGUUCACGGAUAUCUGUGAUCCUUCUUCAACAAUUGAUUUAGCUAUGAAAAGUUUUCAUGGUAGUCUUUUGGAAAUUGAUGAAAAGAAAAGAAAAUGUUGUGAUUGUGAAAAGACAUCACUUAACUUAAAGCAUAUUCUGUGCAUGCAAAAAAAUGAGCUUGAAGAAAUGCGUACUGAAGUUAACAUGUUUGGAGAAGAAAAUGCAAUCCUUAGAUUGGAGUUAGACAAAAUGAAAAAUAAAAAUGCAGAGCUCCAGGAGUAUAUAUUAGAAAAAGAAAUGAAUAAUCAAAAGGUGAACAUUCAAGGUUGUGCGGAGGUAGCUGUAGAAACUUCUAGUCAGUUAUUAUCUGAAGAACGUGUUUUACAGAAACUUUGUGCCAUAAAUUCAAUGAGAAUCUCACAAAUGGAUGAUGCAGAUUUUGUUGAACAUGAUGAUGAUAUUGAUGAUGAGGAGGACAAUGAUGAAGAGCAAGAAGAGUCUAUUAUAUCUUAUGAAGAAUCAAUAUCUCAAGCCAAGAAAUAUUUGUCAAAUAUACCUCGACCUAUAAAAUAUUUAAAAAACCAAAAUAAUCCUUCACCAACCAAAUUCCAACAUAAUAUGUAUAUAAAUCUUGAAAAAAGAAAGAAUUCAGGAAUUAAAGAAUCGGAGAAGCAGCAAAGGGAGUUUCUUAGUGAAAUGAAGAUGUUGGAACAUAACAUAAAGCAAAAAGAAAUUUUAAUUAAUGAACUGUUGCUAAGUGAAAAAGAAGCCAAGGAAACAAGUGUUGUAUACAAAGAAAAGUUAGACAAGCUUGAAAUAGAUUAUAAUAUUGCAAAUGAUGAGCUUUUAAAAGUAAAACAGAAGAUUGAUGAAGUUAUUUCUCUUGAUGACGAUAAACAUAAAAAAAAGUUGGAAAAUGAUUAUAAUAAAAAAUUGCAAAUCCUCGAAAAAAAAUUUGCCACUUUAAAAAAAAAAGAAUCUGCUUAUGAUCGAUUUAUGGACAUACAAUCUACAAAGGAGAAGAAGAUUAAAGAGCUUGAGUCAUCGAUGGUUCGAAUGAAAAACCAAUAUAUUGAAAUUGAGCGCCACUUAAAAUCUGAGUUAGAGAGAGUUAAUAAUAUUGAAUUUGAACGACGAAAAAGUGAGCUGCGAAUCAAAGAGUUAGAAAAAGAAACUAACCAACAAAAAAAAAUAUUAAAAAUAAAAAACGAAGAAGUGGCAGCUGCCCAAAGAAAGCUUAGAACUUCAUCAGGGGGAAAUAUGACAUCUAGACACUUAGAGUUAGAAAAGAAGCAGGUAUGGCUUGAUGCUGAGAUAGAAAAAAUAAUAACGAAACAAAAAGAAAUGAAUCUUCUAGAGGCUGAUUUAAUUGAACGUGAUGUAAGUUUAAGGAAAAGAGAAUUAUUGUUAUCCGAGAAAAAAGAGUUAGAAGAAAAGAAGUUUGAAUCAAAUCAAGAAUUGUCUAAUUGUUUAUUGAGAUUAUCUAUUCAAAUGGAAACAAUCGAUGAACAAAUACAAAAAAUAUCUCCUUCUGAUACGAAUCAUUUGCAUCAGUUAACUUCUAUGAAAGAAGAUCUUAUACAACAAAAAUUAGCACUUGAACAUUCAGCGCAUGAUUUCAAUGGUCUUGAUGCUGCAGAGCAGCGUCGAUUAAUUGAACUUAGUGAAGCACUUGAUGCAGUCGAUGAAGCCAUAAAAUAUAAAAACGAUUUAAUAAAAAAAAAUCAGACAAACAUUGAAAGUAUAGAAUAUCAAAAUUAUGUUAAAGUAGAGUAUUUAAUAAAAAGUAUGGGCGACUUGGAUGUAGACGAGUAUAAGCAUUUACUUGGUAAAUUAUUUUUGAAAAUAAUAAAUUUACGCAAAAUUUUAAUGGAAACAGAAACUAUGAAACAACAAAUUGACAUAAAAGUUAAUUCUCAAUCGAAAACAAUACACGAGCUAGAAAGAACAAUAAAGUUAAUUGAAUCUCGUUAUGAGAACUUAAUUAUUGAACAAAAUUGUAAACACGAAAACGAAGUACAUUUUUUCAUGGAGCAGCUUAAAAAUACGGAAAAAGACAUCAAAGUAAAAGAUGCUAACAUGCGAAUUGCACAAGAGACAGAAAAACGUAACAAGUACUUGGAGAAAGAGCUUUAUUACUAUAAAGUUCAAGCAAAGAGAUAUAAAAGUCAACUUAAAGAAUUUUUUAGUACAGUUCCCAACGAUUCUGAUUUGAAAAAAAUUUCUAGGGAUACAGAGAAUAGUGAUAAAUUUCAUUUACCUCCUGUACAGGAUGCCGUCUUCUCUAAGGAAAAAAAUGAAAGACGUUUAGAUGAAAAAAGGUUAUCGGAAAUAUUUGAAAUGAAACCAGCUAACAAUUUGUCAAGUAAUCGGUUGAUACAAAAAUCAAGAGAUUCGUUGGGAUUUGUGAGAGAUUCUCUGUGAUUUAUAGUUUUA